AUGGCACCACGUGAGAUGUACGUAAACACGUUGCUGCGGCGGUUUGCGCGGGAGGCCGAAUCUGCCAAAAAAGAAUCCGUGGAGGCCGAGUCUCAAAAAAUGGCUCCGGCCGAGGAGACGGGCAAGGAGGCCGCCGUGGCGGCAUCGGCGGCGGCCGCGGCUGAGGAGGCCGCCCCUCCAGAGCCCAAAGUUGAGGUGGCGCCGGAAUCUGCAGGCACCAACGCCAAGGAUCUUUUCAUGGAGAGCGUCGACUUUAUUGGCGAAAAAUCUGGCAUGGCUUCAUGGAUGGUCAUCGCCAUCAUCAUUGGAGUGCUGAUCGUGGUGCUGGGCUGUCUUUUCUUCUGCAUCCGGCGGUUCUUCAGGAAAAAGCGUGGAAAGGACGCCAAGAAGGGCGGCAAAGGCGCCAUCGACAUUAAAUCUGUACAGCUCCUCGGGAAUGCUUACAAAGAAAAGGUACAGCCUGACAUGGAAGAACUCACAGAGCACGCAGAAGAGGAAGAAAAGGAUGACAAGAAAGAAGAGGCACAGAAACUGGGAAGACUGCAGUACAAGUUGGAGUUUGAUUUCAACUCCAACAACUUGGCAGUGACGGUGAUUCAAGCUGAAGAGCUUCCAGCUCUUGACAUGGGAGGAACAUCGGAUCCUUAUGUCAAGUGUUAUUUGCUGCCGGACAAGAAGAAAAAGUUUGAGACCAAAGUCCACCGCAAAACUCUGAACCCUGUCUUCAACGAAACUUUCAAUUUCAAGGUUCCAUAUGCAGACUUGGUGAGCAAGACUCUGGUAUUUGCCAUCUUCGAUUUCGAUCGUUUCUCAAAACACGACCAAAUCGGCGAGGUCAAAGUGCCUCUGUGCCAAGUCGACCUCGCACAGACCAUUGAAGAAUGGAAGGACCUCGUCAGCGUGGAAGGCGAAGGCGGACAGGAAAACAAGCUGGGGGACAUCUGCUUCUCUCUGAGGUAUGUUCCAACUGCAGGCAAGCUGACUGUGGUUAUCCUGGAAGCCAAGAAUCUCAAGAAGAUGGACGUUGGUGGAUUAUCAGAUCCUUACGUGAAGAUAGCCAUGAUGAUGAACGGGAAACGACUAAAGAAAAAGAAAACGAGCAUCAAGAAAUGUACCUUGAAUCCGUACUACAAUGAAUCUUUCACUUUCGAGGUUCCGUUCGAGCAAAUCCAGAAAGUAAACCUGGUCAUCACAGUGGUGGAUUAUGAUAGAAUAGGAACUUCAGAGCCCAUUGGGAAGGUCGUAUUGGGCUGCAACGCAACGGGGACAGAACUUAGACACUGGUCAGACAUGUUAGCGUCGCCCAGGAGACCCAUCGCCCAAUGGCACACUCUCAAAGAGCCCGAUGACGACAAGAAGGACUAA